CUGUUCUCGUGGCUGAAUUCCCUUCCUCGUCCUCCCCUCCACCCCAUCACCGUGUAGAAGGUGGAUUGACUUGGUAUACUAGCAAGAGUUUCCGGUUUUUAAAAAACAAAGAUGUUGGGCAUCUCAGCGCUUCUUCUGCAGCAGGACGUGGCCAAGCAAGCAGAAGAAAGACUUAACCUGAAAGAGAAAAGCAGCACAGAGAACUCAGCAAGCCUUGAAUGUGGCAGGGUCAGAACGAUGGAUCUCAAGUUCAACAGCUCCAGGAAAUACAUCUCUAUCUCUGUCCCAUCCAAAACCCAAACAAUGUCGCCGCACAUCAAGUCCAUUGAUGACAUUGUGGUGCUUGGCAUGAACCUCAGCAAGUUUAACAAACUUACUCAGUUUUUCAUAUGCGUUGCUGGAGUUUUUGUAUUUUACCUAAUAUACGGAUACGUACAGGAACUGAUAUUUUCAGUGGAAGGUUUUAAGCCUUAUGGCUGGUACCUUACUUUAGUGCAGUUUGCAUUUUACUCCAUAUUUGGCCUAAUAGAACUUCAGCUUACUCAGGACAAAAGGAGAAGAAUACCAGGAAAAACCUACAUGAUAAUAGCUUUUCUAACUGUGGGUACUAUGGGGUUAUCAAACACUUCCUUGGGCUACCUGAAUUAUCCCACCCAAGUCAUCUUCAAAUGCUGCAAAUUGAUCCCCGUUAUGCUAGGAGGAGUUUUCAUUCAAGGAAAGCGAUACAACAUUGCAGAUGUGUCAGCUGCGGUGUGUAUGAGUCUUGGCCUGAUCUGGUUUACCCUGGCUGACAGCACAAUUGCACCAAACUUCAAUCUGACAGGUGUGAUGCUUAUCUCCCUGGCACUAUGUGCAGAUGCAGUCAUUGGGAAUGUUCAAGAGAAAGCCAUGAAACUGCACAAUGCUUCCAAUUCUGAGAUGGUUUUAUAUUCCUACUCCAUUGGUUUUGUAUAUAUUUUGCUGGGGUUGAUGUGUACUAGUGGACUGGGCCCUGCAGCAGCAUUUUGUUCAAAGAAUCCCGUUAGGACCUAUGGCUACGCUUUCCUGUUCUCCCUCACUGGAUACUUCGGAAUCUCCUUUGUUCUGGCUUUGAUUAAAAUUUUUGGUGCGCUUCUUGCUGUGACAGUGACAACAGGGAGAAAAGCAAUGACCAUCGUCCUCUCCUUUGUGUUCUUUGCUAAACCGUUCACAUUUCAGUAUGUAUGGUCUGGCUUACUAGUUGUCCUAGGCAUAUUUCUCAAUGUUUACAGCAAAAAUAUGGAUAAAAUAAGACUACCAUCGCUAAACAAUCUGAUGAAUAAAUUCGUGGAAGGGAAAAAGUCAAGGACAUUGGCACAGAAUGUAUAGGCACUGGUUGAUCCUAUUUAUAGUAAAAUUUUAAGGGAAUAAUUAUUAAUUAACUUUCUAAAAGGAUUGGGAUAAAAACCAAUGGAUCUGAAGGCAUGCUGUCCUCUGAGGAUGGAUUCACGUGAGGUGGUUUUAUGGUAUCAGACUUUUCAGAACACUCAUUUGACUGACUUCUCAACCAAUCAGGAGCUCACAGCUGGUACACCUUAUGGUGAAACAUCAGUGUGAAAGACUGCACAUCUUAGCAGUGUCAGGAAUUUCACUGGAGACGGACCAUGUUGCAAGACAAAUCGGAAAUCUUUACAUGUCAGACAUUGAUGUGUAGUAGAAUGCGGUUUCGUUUUCAUUCCAUUUUGGUGGUGAUAUUUAAAUUGCUUCUCUGUUCUAAGAGUAAAUGGGUGAUUUAAAGUUUAGAGAAGAUAACAUUCAUUUAUCAAUAAAAUUAUCCAGUGAUUUUUUU